GCAAGCACACUCGCGCCCGCGAGAUCAUUUUUGUUUGCAGCGGUGGUUUGCAGGCGCCGACACUUCCAGCAUCUCUUCGGAUAUAUUUCAUCCCAUUUCCACUGCGUUGCUUCAAAUAAAUAUCUAUAUCAAUUUAUUUCUUGUUCGUCCAUUUGAACUUCUUAGUCACUUAUUGCUGUCUUCUCUUUCAGCCACAUAUCCAUAAUGUUUCACGAUGCCCCUGUUGAGGCUGCCGUGACGGUGCACCUUCAUCGACGCCACCCGGCAGCGACAACGGCGGCCUCUCAGGAUGUGUCGCAACGCAUUCUGCACGAGUAUCAGCUGCAUCGCGUCGCUGACUUUCUGCUCACGGGCGACGACAGGCAGGAAACACAGUUAUCCACGAGUACGCCAUCGACGCAGCAAGGGAAGAAGGCGGCCACGGAAGACGCAGAGAUGGCCAAUGGAGAGAAACCUUCCUGCUGUCAGUGCCGAUCGUCGUGCGCUACUCGCGCGAGCGUUGCUCCUUACCUGCGUGUGGCUCUGCAGUUCCCCGAUGAACUGCUAAGCGACUCCGUUGCUGUCGCUAGCGCGCUUCAACACAUCCUCACCAGCGACCCACGCUACACCGCGGCGAUGACAACUACAUUGGUGAAGGAGGACACGAGCAGUACGAAUAGGACGCGCAAGGAUGCAGCUGCAACGACUUCAUCGAAGGCUGCAGCGGCGGGUGCGGCAGUCAGCGCGCGUCCCCCUGCGAUGGACAACCCGCACCGCCCUGUAGGCGAAGUUCGGCUCUUCGUGCUCGCCGACAACACGUUUGGCAGCUGCUGCCCGGACGAGAUCACGGCGCAGCAUUACACGGCGGACUGCAUCGUGCACUUCGGUGACGCGUGCAUGAGUCGCUCGACGCGGCUGCCGGUCUUGUACAUUCAACCUGCGUUCCACUUUGAUGCUUUGCUGCGUGAUGACCAGCGCGGCGCCGAUCAGCUUGACAUUGCGUAUGAAAAUGCCGCUCUUGCUGCGGCGGAGACCCGCGUCAUGGUGGAACUCGUGAGGCGCGUGGCAAUGACGCUGCGCCGCCGCGUAACGGCGUGGUGUGCGGAGAAGGGAGGCGCAUCAACAGAUCUGUGCACCGUAGCUCCGCGUCUCACCGUUGUCGGCACCUAUCCGACGAAGCGUGUCAUGCAGGCUGCGGAGCAGCUUUGGAAGGACGAGAGAAGGAUGGAACGCGGCGAUGCGGCGGUGGUGGAUGUCGACUGGCCGCGGUUCGAGGAACGCGACGGCAUCGUAUCUGCUCCCCCAGUGAACAGCGGAGGCAGAAGCUCUGACAGCACUUCAGCCACCGCCGUGGCAACAGAAGCCAACGCGACGGCGACAGAUUGCAUGUCCCCCGCCGAGGACGAUGAUUGGCUUGUCAACGGGGUACGGUUUCGUCGUCUGCGCACUGGCGAUGAGGCGCGGCAGGAAGUGCAGUACCUUCUCUUUGUCGGCGCUGCCGGGUCCUCCGCGCUGGUGCACGUGUUGACAGCAGAGCACUACAACGAGUUCCACUACUCCGAUGCGUGUCGUGCGUUUUUGGAGUGGGACAGCGGCGAUGAAGGGGCGUCGUCGGUGCCUGUUGUGACGGUGGUGAACAACACCUUUUGUGCCGACUGCGAUGCCAGCGGCAACAAGGAAAGAGAAGCGCUGCAAGCACUAAUCGUGUCACCCACAUCAGAUCCAAAUUUUCGCUUACAUCUGAAGAGCAGCGCCUCUGCGUGGCUUUCGGUGGUGCUGACAGACGGUGUCUCCGCAUUGCUCACGGGCGACUACGUGGUGGCGCAGCAGGCCCUGCAGCGCCGUGUGCGUCAGCGCGCCUUCAACAUCGAAUCCGUGCGCGCCAGCACCGCCAUCGGCAUUCUCGUUGCGUCGUUAGCGAUUGAAGGCUACUACGAGCUCACGCAGCAGCUGCAUCAGCUCAUCCGCGCCUACGGCAAGCGCAGUUACGUCAUUUACGUAGGACACCUAAACGAGUUUAAGCUGGCCAACUUUGUGGACACAGUGGACUGCUUUGUGGCGGUGGCGUGCCCCUACAGCCGCCAGAGCCACUUUCCCGAGAAGCGCGACAACUUCAUGAAGCCGAUUGUCUCGCCGGCGGAGUUGCUGGUGGCGCUGACCACCGCAGACGACACAGACGCCGGGAAGCAGUACGGCAUGGCUGCCGUCUACACAACGUCCUUCGAGGCAGUCUUGCGUGUCUUAACGGCCGCCGUGCAGGCGCGUAAGGCGGAGGUGGCGUGCCGCGCCGGCGGCGAUGAGGAGAGCAGCCAGCGGUGGAGGGAAGAGGAGGAGGAGCGGUGGGCGUCGAGCGGGGCGCUGGUGCGUGCUGGCGGUGCGGCGAACGGUGCCCUCACCGUGCAGGCGAACUCACAGGGUGCGCUGUCCAGACUGUACGAGCGAGAGUACGUGGGCCUUGAUCCUCGCAUCGGCCAAACACCUGUGCAGUCGGAGGUCAUGGAGGGCAAGCACGGCAUCGCUCGUGGCUACGCGAAGGAGCGCGAGGAGCAGCACGCGGAGCCGCCCGCGUCGCAGUACAGGUAG